CACUCCCCAAAAUAUUCCAGCUUCGAAUCUUUAGUUUAUUCUUCAUUGAUCAAUCUGUUACCUCCAGGACAACACCAACAGCCAUAUCUUCGUCAACCAGUGUUAUGCAUCCCGAUAUUGAAACCCCAAAGCACGCCAUCAGCCCCCUGUCCUCGCCUGCCAGUUCAGGUUCCCCACACUCUCUCUCACUCAGGUCCUCCACAGUUCGUUUACCCCAAGGUACAGAAUAGAUACAACGACCCCACACCCCACCACCACGUCUUAUAAACGGUCACGAACCCGAGACCGGCCCUUUUUUAUUUUCUGGGAAAGAUAACACACACCCAUUGUGAUUUUUGCAGGGCCGGACGGUUGUCGUUGUCGUUGUUGUUGUCGUUGUUGAGGGCCUCUUCUUCAUUUUUUCUUUUCUUCUUUUCCAACAAAUUCAGACCUCAUAAAGAUGGCCGCCCCAACAACCCCCCAAGACCUCGCCCUCCCCGAACCUGCCCCCUCAAACGGCGGCGCAUCCCAGACAUUCAAAGAUUUGUUUUCCGGCGCAGCAGGCGGAAUCGCUCAGGUCCUGAUCGGCCAACCCUUCGACAUAGUCAAAGUCCGCCUCCAAACCUCCACCCUCUACCCCUCCGCCCUCGCCGCCGCAACCUCAAUCUACACGACCGAAGGCCCCCUAGCCUUCUACAAAGGAACCCUCACCCCCCUCCUCGGCAUCGGCGCCUGCGUCUCAAUCCAGUUCGGCGCCUUCCACUACGCCCGCCGCCACCUCGAAUCCUCCCUCCCCCCCUCCCAAUCCCAACUCUCAUACUCCCAAUACUAUUCCGCCGGCGCCUUCGCCGGAGUAGCAAACUCCGUCCUCUCCGGCCCCAUCGAACACGUCCGCAUCCGCCUGCAAACCCAACCCCACGGCCCGGCACGUCUCUACUCCGGCCCGCUCGACUGCGUCAGACAGCUCGUCCGCCAGGGGGGGGUUACCCACGGCCUCUACCGCGGACAGGCGGUCACUUUGAUCAGAGAAGCGCAGGCGUACGGGCUGUGGUUCUUGUCGUUUGAGUGGCUCAUGAAUUCGGACGCGAAGCGCAACAGGAUCGACCGUAAGGAAAUCCCGAGCUGGAAGGUGGCGCUGUAUGGUGGGCUUGCCGGGGAGGCGCUGUGGUUGGGGAGUUACCCCUUUGAUGUCGUCAAGUCAAAGAUGCAGACCGACGGGUUUGGACAGGGGCAGCAGAGAUAUAGGAAUAUGAGGCAUUGUUUCGCGCAGGUUUGGAGGCAGGAGGGGAUGAGGGGGUUUUGGAAGGGCUUGGGGCCGACGCUGCUGAGGGCCAUGCCUGUCAGUGCAGGGACGUUUGCCGUGGUGGAGAUGACGAUGAGGGCUAUUAACUAGAUGAAAGACAAGAGGAGAGGGGAGUGAUGGGAAUGCUCCUCAACGGGCUCGGAUCCACCACGUCAAGGAGUUGGGGAGUCUUCAACGAAAGUGAAUGUAUUGCAUGUUGGUCGGGAUAUUGUACACCAAAGGAUCGGAUGAUAUCCAUUUGAUUUUUAUUUUUUUCC